AUGGCGGACGCGGAUCUUGAAGAGAUACGAAAAGCGCGUCUACAGCAGCUGCGCCAGCAGCAAGGCAGCUCGGGCGGCGGCGAAGGCGGGCAGGAGGACCAGCAGCGACAACGCGAAGCCGACGCCCGCUCCUCUAUCCUCGCACAAAUCCUCCUCCCCGAAGCCGCCGACCGACUCGGCCGUAUCCGGCUCGUCAAGGAGUCGCGUGCCGUGGAUGUGGAAAACCGCCUCAUCAUGCUUGCGCGGAGUGGACAGCUCCGGCAGAAGGUCACGGAAGAACAGCUCAAGGAGAUGCUGAAUUCGCUGUCGGAGCAGCAGAAGGAGCAGGAGAAGCCGGUUGUUACGGUGCGGAGGAAGGGCGGUUGGGAUGACGAUGACGAUUUGGAUGAUCUGCUGAAUUCGUGA